AUGUCUGCCGCCGUCGCAACCGUUAAUGCUACCGCCGUGCCUUCGCGCCCCUCGCGCCCUCACCGCAUCACUUUCUCACUCAAGGCGAUCAAAUCCGCCUUGCCUUCGCCCAAGGCCCUGCGCCGCCGCAGCCAGCAGAUCCCUCAGGUCGUCUUCGAUAAUGAGAAGCGCACCGCUGUCUUGAAGGAGGACGCCGCACCCGCCACCAUCGUACAAGUCAACCCGGUCCCGAUCACCCCACCAGCGCAGGAGGAGGAGACCGCCAUCCUCGCCGAUGACGCUUCCUUCCACCUUCCGUCGCCUACUCAAACGCCACAGAUCGGCGCCGCAACCACUGCAUUCACCGCCAUGGCGCCUAGCUCGGAUAAGGCCGCCAUCGCAGGUCUCAUAGCCGAGUACGGCUCUUCAUCCUCCACUUCCUGGCUCGAAUUCUCCCGUUACAAGAUCUGGCGUCCGACCGUCCCGAUCAAGGAGUCGUCAUUCGUGCCCGUGCAGGGCUACCUCCGCGCAGAUCCUUACGUCUUCGCUUGGGGCAACCCGCUCGUGAGCGACAAGGCCGCGUUGCAGGCUACCGCACAGGCUUUCUGGGAGUGGGCGAAGAGCGAGGGCCUCAAGGCCGUCUGGUGCUGCGUCGAUGACGACAUGGAGGCUGUCCUCGGCGGCGCUAAGCUUGGGUGGUCGACGCUCUCUUGCAUCGUUGAGGACACGCUCGACCCCAAGACCGUCGUCGAUCUUGCGAACGCGCCCGGUAAUGCUGGCGGUUCUGAGGUCAAGGACUUCAAGAAGAACCUUCGCCGCGCGGAGCGCUCGGGCGUGAUCGUGCAGGAGAUCAAGUACGAUGCGUUUUCCGAUGAGAAGAAGAAGGAGGUCGAGGAUGGUAUCCUGGCUUGGAAGAAGGCGAAGGCGAAGACUGGUCUUCAGCUCGCAUCCACCUCAUUCAUGCCUUGGCUCGACGCCCAGCACCGUCGCUACUGGAUCGCCGAGCACGAGGGCCACGUCGUUGGUAUCCUCAUCCUCACUCAGAUCCACCACAACCAGUGGCAGAUCAAGAACGCUGCAUCCUUCCCUGAAGCGCCGCGCGGUACCUCGGAGUGGCUCAUCUUCCAGGCCAUGGAGGCGCUCAACGGCGAGGACUGCCUUCUCUGGGAGCAGACGCGUGGCCGCUCUGACGAGCACGUCUCAUCUCGUUCGCCAUCCGGCUCUCGCGACUCCUCCGUCACCCCCACCAACUCCGCUGAUGGCCACAGCGAGUCGACCACCGGCCGUGCCGUCGUCACCUUCGGUAUCACCGCCAGCGAGACGCUCUCGCCCUCACAAAAUUUGAACGGCUGGCGCGUCUCCGCGCUUAGCGCGACCUACAACAAGGUCGUCGGUGGCACCGGCCUCACGCGCCGCGGUGACUUCAGGAGCAAGUUCCACACCGUUCACCAGCGCAUGUAUGUGUGCUACCCCGCCAAGCAGGGCUUCGGUCUCGACGGCGUGAGCAAGCUCAUCAAGGCUCUCCGCCAAUAG